AUGAUCGGAGGAGAAAGUACAAUUAAUGACAAGUGGGUUAGGGACGAGAACAUCACCAUGAUGCAGUGGGCUCAGAACUAUAGCGCAGCAGCGUUCCAAGUUGAGCAUCGCUUCUAUGGCCCCAAGGAAAAUACACCGUUUGGCAAACAGGACACCGAAUCACUGAAGUUCCUCACAAUCGAUCAAGCACUCGAAGACAUCAAAGAAUUCAUCAGUCAAAUGAAUGCGAUGUAUUUUAAGGAUACGAACACAAAAUGGGUGACUUUUGGUGGUUCUUAUCCAGGUUGGUUCUUUUAG